AUGUUGCCCAUGUGGAAGCAGCUGAUCAGCAGCUUCCUUGCUGUCGUUUCCAUAGCCCCGGGUGCUAAUGCAGCAUACCCCAACCCGGGCGCGGUCUCUGGCAGCAUCAAUGUCCACGACCCAAGUGUCGUCAAGACUAGCAGCGGCACAUAUCUCAUGGCCCACACCGGAACGAACAUCGCGCUCAAGACUUCCACCGAUCGCACUGUCUGGCGCGAUGCCGGCGCUGCGUUCCCGAAUGGCGCAUCAUGGACGACGGCUUACACGGGUGGCGACACCAACCUCUGGGCUCCAGACAUCUCCUACCGCAACGGGCAGUACUACAUGUACUACUCCGCCUCGACGUUCGGAUCUCAGAAGUCCGCCAUUUUCUUGGCGACCAGCAGCACGGGCGCGUCAGGAUCUUGGACCAACCAAGGCCUAGUGAUUGAAUCAUCAAGCUCCGUCGACUACAACGCCAUCGACCCCAACCUCUACGUGGACCCGUCAGGAAACUGGUGGUUGUCCUUCGGCUCUUUCUGGACGGGCAUCAAGAUGAUCUCCAUCAACCCGAGCACCGGAAAGCGUUCUGGCACGAACCUCGUCUCUCUUGCCCGCCGCACGGUGGCAGACGGCGCUAUCGAGGCCCCCUUCAUCACUCGUCACGGAAACUACUACUACCUCUGGGUGUCCUUCGACAGAUGCUGCAACAGUGCCGCCAGCACUUACCGCACCAUGGUCGGUCGGUCCACCAGCGUGACGGGUCCUUAUGUCGACAAGAGUGGUGUGCAAAUGAUGAACGGCGGUGGAACCGAAGUGAUGGCUACUCAUGGCUCGAUUUAUGGCCCUGGCCAUCCUGCUGUCUUCACAGACACGGAUGCUGAUGUGUUCGUUUACCACUACUACAACAGUGCCAACGCGGCGCUCUUGGGAAUUAACCUCAUUCGUUAUGAUUCGGAUUGGCCCGUUAUUUACUGA